AUGGCCUUCCUAAUGAAAAGUAUGUUGAGCAACCAGGUAAAGAAUUUGGGACUUGGAGGUGGAGGGGAAGAAAACAAAGAAGAAAGCACUCCUUCUGACCCAGCAGCCGCUGCAGGAAUGACCAGAGAGGAGUAUGAGGAAUAUCAAAAGCAAGUGGUUGAGGAGAAGAUGGAAAGAGAUGCAGCCUUUGCACAGAAAAAGGCAGAGAGAGCCUGUCUGAGGGUUCAUCUGAGAGAAAAGUACAGACUCCCUAAGAGUGAAUUGGAUGAGAAUCAAAUACAGAUGGCUGGAGAUGAUGUGGGUUUGCCAGAAGACCUUCAGAAGAUGGUGGCAGAAGAUCAGGUAGAAGAAGAGGACAAGGACUCUAUCCUGGGACAGCUGCAGAAUAUUCAGAAUAUGGACAUGGAUGCGAUCAAAGAAAAGGCACAAGCCACCUUCACUGAAAUGAAACAGGCUGCUGAGCAGAAGUGUUCUGUGAUGUAGAAGAGGCACCGCUAUCCCAGGGCUGUGAAUUCAACCUUGUCUCACGGGAGUGGGGAGAGAGGGCAGGCAGAGGAAUGCACUUAGCUCUAUAGCAGUAAAUGUAAAUAUAAGAGAGAGAGAUAGACUUAAAAACCUCCAGGGGGUCAAAAAUUAAGUGCUGUGACUUGCUUAGUGCAAAGUUAGAAAUGAUCCUAAUUUUUCAACAUGACAUUUUUCCCUGGGAAAAAAGAUGGCUUAAGAAAAAAAAAAAAAAGGAAAAGAUGUGCCUUUUUCAAUUUUUUUCAAACUGAUCAAGAUGCUACUAAAUGUGUAUUUUUUUUUAUUAAAAUUGUGCUUCUGUUGCAUAACAUAUAGGUAAUCACUCAUUUAAUACUGCUUUCAAAAGGAAAUAUAUAUAUCUGUAAUAAAAU